AAUUCAGUCAAUUUUCCUCCUUUUUCAAGAGACCCUUUUCCAAUUCACUCAUUUUUAUUUCUAUUGCAGUAGGUAAAAAAACUCUAGCAUUCUUGAUUACACUUAAAGUCUUUACUACUUGCGAUCCCAGCAAUGAUUAUUAGGAGCAAUGGUGAAAUAAACCCAAGUUAUGAUCCUUUGUACGAGGCAGAUUAUUUUACAAUUAAAAUAACACACGGUGGUUUAAUGAAACUCAAGCCUACAAGGCAUUAUGUUGGGGGCAGAAUGAACUUUAUUGACUAUGUCAAUGGGGAUGAACUAAAGUUGUCGAUAUUCAAAUCUAUGGCUGAAUUAUGCGGUUAUGGGAAUGACUCGGUAACUUUUUGGCACAAGCCCGAGAGGCUAAGUGACAAAAUGAGGCUAGUUUCAACUGAUAAGGAAGCCGCCGUUGUUGCAAAAAAUUAGGGUAGUUGAUGUGUACUUUGAACAUUUGGAUUCGUAUAUAGAAAUGGGUAUUGAGAAUGCUAUCUAUGAGGGACAAAGCAAUUCAAGGAAUGAUAAUCAUGUUAUUGUUGAAGAAUAUCAAAAAGAAGUUGGAGGUGAAAAUUCUUCAAGUAGUGAAGAUUUUGAAGAUUCAGAAAAUGACUUGUUAGAUGAAAAUAAUUUAUCAGAAAAAAUUAGAAAUGAAAAGCGUAGAUAUGAGGUUAGUGAAUAGCUACAGAGAAAGUUGAAUGUUGAAGAUGGGGAGUCGGACUGCUGCAAGUCUGAUGACACGUUGAGCUUACAAAGUGAUUCGGAUACCGAAAGUUUAAACUUUCCAAAGUUCAACCCCAAAACAGAAAGUCCAUUGUUAGAUAAACAAAAAGAUUUGAUUGAAGCAUUUAAUGAGGUGUUGCUAUUUGUUAGUCACAGAUUUUGUAUGAGACAUUUGCAUAAUAACUUUAAGAGGGCGGGAUUUAGUGGUAUCUCGUUGAAGAAUGCACUUUGGAAAGCCGCAAGGGCAUCAACAGAGAAGUGGUUUAAUACUUGCAUGGUUGAGAUUUUUGAUUUAGACUCUGAAGCUGCUAAUUGGUUCCGAGACAAAUUACCAAGUGAAUGGUCUAGAUCUCACUUUUCUGAAAAUGCAAAAUCUGAUAUCCUACUUAAUAACAUGUGUGAAAGUUUUAAUGGAAUGAUCCUCGAAGCUAGAGACAAGCCAAUAAUCACUCUAUUGGAAAAGAUAAGGUAUUUACUUAUGGCUAGAAUGGAGGCAAAUAGAGAUAAGGCUGCCAGGUGGGAUAUUGGUGAUAUAUGUCCUAGGAUUAAGGAUAUAUUGCAUAAAAAUCAAGCGGGUGCUGCGGAGUUCAUUCCUAGAAAAUCUAAUGAGUGGAACUACGAGAUUAUAGGGGCAAGCAUACAUGAUAAGUGGGCUGUGGACUUGCUAAACAAAAUAUGCAGUUGUAGGAAAUGAGAUCUGACAGGAAUUCCUUGCAAGCAUGCCAUUGCUGCAAUUUAGGCUAAAAAAGAUGACAUUAAUUCCUAUGUUCAUGAUUCCUACAAGGUGGAAACAUAUAGAAGGGUCUAUGACUUUGCUAUUCUUCCUAUGAAUGGUCAGCAUAUGUGGCCUAAGUCCAGCAACGUGCCUCCUUUGCCUCCACAACUAGUAAGAACAAGCACAAAAAGAAGAAAGCAAAAACUAAGGAGAAAAGAACAAGAUGAAGUACGAGCAAGUAGAACUAAAAUGAAAAGAAAGCAGAAUUCCUUGCUUUGUAGCUUAUGUCAUAAUGCUGGUCACAAUAAAAGAACAUGCAAAUUUAAUAUUGUUCAGCCAGAUUCCCAAGUUGAUGAGUCUUCAUCUUAUGCUCCUGCCUCGUCAACUCGUGCAAAGCUUCCGACCAACUCAGUUCCAGAAUCCCAGGUUUGCUUUCUGACCCAACAAUAGAAUCGCUAGCCGGAUCUCUAGAAUAUUUCAAAGGCUUUCUUGAUGAUAGUAGCAAGAGAAGUUAUCACCAAGAAAAAGUCACUUUUUUGGUUAGAAAGUUUAAACAUGUACUAAAUGAAGCUGAAGAUAUUAUUGAACUAAAUAUUUGUGAAAUUCAUGAAAGGGGAAGUUUGAGUGGUAUUGAAAAAGCAAGUGAAGAUUUACUAGCAAGUUUACUACCAGUAGUACAGCAAAUUGAGUAAUAAGGAAAGAGUUGGUGCUGAGUCUUGAGACUUGCACUAGCCAUGGCCAUGGCAUUGAACCUGCUGAUGAUCAUUUCAAGACUCGGGAAUCCAUGCUUGGAAGUCCGUCUAGAAGUAGUUUUAAGACAAAUGCUGUUGUGGGUCUUGAUGAUGAUUUGGAAAAGAUCAUAGAAAGACUACUUGGGUCCUCAUCCGAGAGAGAAGUUAUUGCAAUUACAGGUAUGGGUGGUAUUGGCAAAACGACACUUGCUAAAAAAGCUUAUGAUCAUCUUCAAGUUAGGUCUCGCUUUGACAUUCAUGCGUGGGUUACAGUAUCUCGAGAGUAUGAAAUGAGAAGAUUGUUGUUAAGUCUCGUCUGUUGCAUUCCAGGCAUGGCCGAUAAAUUUCUAGAGAAGACUGAGGAUGAAUUAGCAGAGUUGUUAUAUAGAAAACUAAAGGAUCGAAGAUAUCUGAUUGUCGUUGAUGAUAUUUGGAGUACCAAAGUUUGGGAUAAUGUAACAAGAUGUUUUCCAGAUGACAACAAUGGGAGUCGAAUCAUAUUAACAAGUAUGCUUAAGGAUGUGGCUGCUUAUGCUAAUCCUGAUAGCCCUUUGCAUGAGAUGGGGGUAUUAAGUUUAGAUGAUAGUUGGAAAUUACUUUCUAUUAAGGUUUUUGGGGCAAAUGAUGUUUGUCCUUCUGAAUUGGAGGAUAAUGGGAAGCAAAUAGCAGAAAAAUGUGGUGGACUUCCUUUGGCAAUUCUUGUGGUUGCAGGAUAUCUUUCUAAAAUUGCUAGGAGAAGAGAAAGUUGGAUUAUUGUUGCCAAAACUGUAAGUUCAGUUGUUGCUAAUGAUCCUGAUAAAUGCCUAAGAGUGCUUGGUAUGAGUUACAAUUACCUACCAAACCACCUCAAGCCAUGCUUCCUCUCUAUGGGAGCUUUUCCCGAAGACUUUGAAAUAAAAGCUCGGACUUUGAUCCAAGUUUGGGUUGCUGAAGGGUUUCUAAAAGCCGAAAGGCUCAAGAGCUUGGAAAAAGUUGCAGAAGAGUGUUUGGAGGAUCUUAGUAGUAUAAAUCUGAUAAUGAUAAGAAAGAGGAGGUUUAACAGCGAGAUCAGAAGUUGUGGCAUACAUGAUUUGUUGAGGAACUUGAGCUUAAGAGAAGCUGAAAAAGAGAAGUCUCUGCAUGUGACAUCAAUUCAUUAUGUCUCAAACUUUCUAGCUCAAAGGCAUGAGCGUCGUGGCUUUAACUUUCUUUCCGACAUUUCUCUGGAUGAUUCUAGUGAGUUAUCAUCUCAAGUUGUUCGAUUGAUGUUUUUCUGGGGUAAACUAUUAAUACAUGAUCCGCCUCAUAGGCAAAUGUCCUUAUUCACAAGCUUCAAACUUAUCAGAGUGCUGGCUAUUUUUUCUCAUUUGUUUUCUUCGUUCCCAGUUGAGAUAACACGGCUAAUUCAUCUGAGGUACCUUUGGAUUCGAUCAAAUGGUAAUCUUCCUGCAUCAGUGUCUCAGCUUUAUCAUCUGCAAACAUUGGUGCUUCAACAGUCGAAAUUAUUUUAUAUGUACAAAACUUUAAUUUUGCCUCGGAAGAUCUGGAACAUGACACAGCUGAGGCGUCUGCGUCUACUGAGUAGAAACUAUUUGUCUAAGCCUAAAAGAACUGAUGAGGGAGCAACAGAGAGUGUUUUGGGGCUAAGAAAUCUAGAGGAACUUUCUCAUUUAUGUUUAGCUAGUUGUACAGAGGAAGUCUUUUCAUGCCUGUGAGCACGUGAUUUUUGCCUUACGAAAAACUACUCCAAAAUAAAUCAAAA